GGAUUGGCGUUAGAGUUAGUAUUAGCAUUAGCAUUAGCAUUAGCAUUGUUGUGAAGAUGUUUCUGAGGAACCCGCGUGUUAAAUGUUAUUAUUCUCCUUAGCGCUGUUUCUCAGAGGUGACCGACGACGCUGAACUUCAGCCCUGUACUACAGUGUGACUGCUGCUAAUCAGCCACAGCUACCGAACUUAGCAAGCUAGCUUGCACCAUCCCAGCUGUUCUGUCAUCUGAUGCUAAUUAUUGAGCUCGAGUGAAAUGGAGAGAGUCUAUACUCAAGGCAUUUGGAUGGCGGAGCUUCUUCAGUCACACGCGAGAAAUUAUGAAUCUUUCUGGCUACUCGCUACUCAUAUGGGAGACCCAAAAGCGGCGUUUCUGCUCGUUUUCCCACCCGUUUUCUACCUGCACAGACGAACCGGCAUCGCCAUCCUCUGGGUGGCUGCUGUAUCAGAGUGGCUUAAUCUUGUUUUUAAAUGGGUCCUGUUUGGGGAAAGGCCUUACUGGUGGAUAGGUCAGUCGGGUUUAUUUGUGAAAAACAGCCCUUCGGUCCAGCAGUUCCAGUCCACCUGUGAGACAGGACCAGGUAGUCCCUCAGGCCAUGCCAUGGUCACUGCUGCAGUCUGGUGGGUGGUGGUGUCCGCCCUGGCCUCCGUUCUUCAUUCUCGCUCUGGCAGUAAGAUACUGGCUGCGAUACCUUACGUCUUCUACACGUUGCUGUUGGGAGCAGUUGGGGUGUCUCGAGUCUUUAUUUUGGCUCAUUUUCCACACCAGGUCAUCGCUGGCAUUCUGACAGGCAUGAUGCUGGGAGUGUUGUUAAACCGCACAGUACCAGAUUGUCGCCCCCUGCUGUUCUUCCUGUGCUCCAGCAUGGCACUGCUGUUCGGAGCACUGCUCAUGCAUGCUGGGCUGAAGACGGUUGGCAUCGACCUCGCCUGGUCUGUUGCACUGGCCAAGAGAUGGUGCUCUAAGUCUGAGUGGGUUCGCAUGGAUACAAACCCUUUCUCUUCUCUGAGCCGUGAUGCUGGCGUGCUGCUCGGGCUGGGACUUGCCCAGUUCUGGAAGCCAGGAGGAUGGGCACUUCCCUGGAUACCGAAGACCCUCUGCAUGGCCCUGUCCUCCAUGGCCCUGUACCACGUGAGCCGGUUCCCUCUGCCUACAGUUCCAGCCCUCCUCUUUUACUCACUCUUUUUUCUUAAAUAUGUCCUAGUGCCCCAGAUAGUGAUGGUGCUGGUACCUGGCCUGGUGCAUCUCCUGACAGCCAAACCCAAGAGGGACUGAGAGGAUUAAACAGAAUGACGUUUAACCUUUUCAUGGAGUCAGAAAUGGCCACCAUAGGUAGUGUAUGAUCAAAUGGCUGUUCCAGGACCAUCACAUUAGUUAUCAUAAGUCACAUAAAAUUUUCCCAAUAAUUGAUUGAUGUUGUAAUUAGCAUGAUCAGAAAAUCUUACUAUUUUAGUAAGAACACGAAAGAUAACCCUUCUGACUGUAUUCGGACUUUUCUUCUUCAUUAAAAAGAUCAACUCCUGUGAGUGCAACUG